AGCCAAGGCGCUCGUCGGCGCGCUGGGAUGACAUCGCCAAAAGUUCACGCGCCUACCCGAGCCCGAGGCGAUUUCUAAGCAGCGCUCCUGCACUCCACCACCACAUCGCACAAUGUCUUCAGCACCGACCGCCGCCAAUAUGGGCGCAGACCUCAAGGACACCACCGCGCCGCAGACCAAGUACAAGCCGUGUUGUGUCUGCACUGAUCAGAAAGCAAAGCGCGACGAGUGCAUGCUGUUCUCGACAUCGAACGACCCCCAGAAGGAGUGCGCCGACCUUGUUUCGCAGUACAAGACAUGCAUGGCCGGCUACGGGUUUAAGAUCUAAGCUGGCCAGAAGGAUGUAUCAUAAGAAGAUUUAGAGUCACUGUACAACACACAGCAUGAUGGCGUCUAGCAUUAGAUAUGGGUAUUUUACAUUCGCGGUAUAUAUACAAUGUACGACCUCAAUCUUCCCUCCAA